ACGACAGCAUCUUACACUGUGAGAUCGAAACCUUACGAGCGACAUUUUCUGAGACAUUUAGUGAACGACUUGAUUUGGGCAAUGCGUGCUCUACAAAACAUCGAACCAUGACGUCAACCAAACGUUGCUCUAGCGCUGCUUCCUCCGUCAAUCAAAACUCAUCCCAUGCACUGCAGUAAUGCAUGGUCAUUUCUACAGAAAUAUCACGCGCGGUGAGAGACGACACGAUUUUGUGCUCUCCUUUAGUCUUGAGCUCAGAUGAAAAUCAUUUGACCAAUCACGAACCCCUCGUAUAUGUUGCUCAUCUCGACCUCAGGACGACUUGUUCUUCAAAACCCUCCGACUUGAUAAAUCGUUUUCACUUUCCAGUGGCUUCCGGCAAAACACAAUCGCGAAGAACGCUCGACUUCAAGACCACCUCCAAAGCCCAAUCUAUGCUCCAGGCGACUCCAAUCAUGGUAGGCCCAUCUGAACUCACGGAAACAACGUCGCGUCACUUUAAGAAGCGCAAAACCACCCAAGAGCCCGGCCCGGAAGCCAGCAAACGUCAGAAAACCACCACACUGAACGGCAAUGACUUUAUCUUGCCCACCCCAUCCGAAGUCACAGCAUUCCAAGAGGUGAAGCAUUGUUCCCUUCGCUCCUAACUCACCUCUAAUGCAUGAUCCGCAGCGUGUCUACA